AUGAAUGCGACACACCUCCCAACGCAGCCCUCAGGGCAUGCGGCAACUUAUCCUACAAAACGUCCCCAGGAUAUCUCCAUCCACGGCUUUCGCAUCUCAACUCAGAAGCUACCCAUCCUAAAAGCCGAUCCGAUCGAGGAAAUGACCAAGAAGUUGGGCAUCACCCCGCCGGAGAUGAUUUUUGGUGACAAUUACGUGAUGAUUGAGCAUGAGAAGAGUGAGUGGGGAAUCAAUUUCAAUGCAUUCGAUGCUCUGGAUAAAGUGGACAAGACCGGGCAAUCAAUGCUACAGGUGGCAUAUUCAAAGGAAUGGCAAAGCAGCAGAGAAAAAACACACGAAGGCAUCAAAGAAGUAGUGAAACCAUUCGACUGGUCCUACAGCACAGAUUACAAGGGUACUCUAAGCCCUAGUGCCAAACCAUUCGAGAACACAGAUAAACCAAUUCCCAUUGAGCUCCUCAUGCGGCCCGAUCCCAUUCUUUUCUUUGACGAGGUGGUUCUCUACGAGGACGAGCUGGCAGACAACGGAAUUGCCAUGCUCUCAUGCAAGAUUCGAGUUAUGCCGGGAAGACUCCUUCUUCUGACACGAUUCUUCAUGCGAUUGGAUAACGUUCUGAUCCGACUCCGCGAUACGAGGGUCUAUGUUGACUUUGAGACUCGCGAGGUGAUCCGCGAGUAUCAGUCAAAGGAGAGUGAGUAUGAGAAAGUAAGACAGAUUCUAGCAAGUACCCGCGAUGAUAUCCCCGCCUUGAUGCGAGAUGCCAAUCGACUCUCUGAGGUUCUGCCUGUGGUAGAAAAGCAUUCUGAACGGAUUGUCUUGAAUGCCUAA